GUCGUGAUUUUUUAUGGCAUGGGGAAUGAUAAUUUUGAUAAAAAAAGGAAGAAACUGAUAUCUGUUAUGGGUUGUGUCUUAAAGUUAGUCCAACGAAUGUUUAUUCAUUGAAAACAAUUGUGAAAUCAUUUUCUAUGACUUUUGUUUACUCAUUAAUUAAGAACCAGGCCCACCCUUCUUAUCUAUGCUUCUUUUUUUUGCAACUCUUCUUUUUUACUAUAUUACUUGGUAAUUUUGAUGAUGCCAUGUUCAACCGCCCACAGGGACUUGCUUACAACCCGAAGAAGAACCUCCUAUAUGUGGCUGACACUGAAAAUCAUGCUCUAAGGUUGGUUGAUUUUGUUGAUGAGUCUGUGCGGACCCUUGCUGGAAACGGAACCAAAGAUUCUGACUACCAAGGAGGAGGAUCAGGAACAACUCAGCUCCUCAAUUCCCCCUGGGAUGUCUGCUUUGAGCCUGUAAACGAAAAUGUUUAUAUUGCAAUGGCUGGGCAGCAUCAGAUCUGGAAACAUAAUACAUUAGAUGGAACUACCAGAGCUUUCAGUGGUGAUGGCUAUGAAAGAAAUUUGAAUGGUGCCAGUUCUGCGAGCACUUCAUUUGCGCAACCUUCUGGAAUUACUUUGUCACCUGAUUUAAAGGAAGCAUAUAUCGCUGAUAGUGAGAGUAGCUCUAUUCGGGCACUUGGCUUAAGGACAGGGGGAUCGAGGCUACUCGCUGGUGGUGAUCCGAUUUUCUCUGACAAUUUAUUUAAGUUCGGAGACUGUGAUGGAGUAGGUUCUGAAGUUCUUCUUCAACAUCCUUUAGAAGUCUUUUGCGGAAAUGUGGGUCAAAUUUAUCUGGCGGAUUCAUACAAUCACAAGGGCUGGUAAGAAAGAAACAUGGUCCUUUUGAUGUGCCAAUAUACGCGGGUUAGAUUCGAUUUGUGCUCUGGGGCCUAAAGCUCGAAUAUAUGAAGUCUUUAGAGCACAGGCUCCUCUUUGGAAUAUGGUGCUUCAAAAUGAGCCUUCUAAUGCUGAUGAGGAUCUUGAGCUUUUUGAAGAUUGUGAGUUGAUUCUGAGUGUUAAUCGGCCAACUGCAUACGGUGGGAUUUUGAGAAGCAUGUGUGCUUAAGUUUUACAUAUAAUAUCCAAAAAAGGCAUUGCAAAAUUUGAGCAUUACUUUGCGUGGACACUAUAUAAGAUUUAUAUUGAGAUAAGUAACUGCUACCUUUUUGCAGAUAUCUUCUAAGUUUUAUUUUAUUGUCACUGGGUUAGUCACCAUUUCGUAUGUAUACUUACUACUUGCUUAAUCAAUUUUUUUAGCAAUGGCAAUGCAGAUAAGGUAGGCUGGUGGAGGUCAUAGCUCUUGCCUCGCAUGUGCACCCCUUGAUAGCGGCAGCCACAGCUCUACAUGGCUGUCAUUUUUUGAUUAUUGUUUGUGAGGUGCAUGAAAUUUGCUGCAUUUUUAUCUUUGCUUUGUGAUUAAUAGGUAAGUUUCGCAAUUCUCAUAUGUAGAAAAGAUUUGCUAUGCUUGAAUUUAUCUUUUCUUUAGUUUCUGUAGCUCAUUGUUUCUAAUUAAUACAUUUUGACAAUUGAAUUAUAUCAGAAAGAGGUGCAAAUCUCUGUAGAACUUAGUUAUGGAAGACUUGUUUCAGAAAAUUAAAGGAAGAUAUGACUUGGAACUUCCAAAACUUUGAUUUAUUGUUGCUUGUGCUCUCUAGGUAUUAUGACAUAUUACUCCUAUUGGAUUAGAGUGACUUGCCAAACAAUCUUUCUUGUAAUAAAGUAACAAGAGAUUGGAGCCCAAUAUUCAAUUCGACAAUUGAAUUAGAUUAGUAGGGGAAUUAAUGUGUUGGAAUGUGGAUGUGUGGGGACUAAAAGUUUUUAUUUGGGAGUUGACAAUUUUUAGUGAACACCGAAACUUGUGAAGGAAGUUAGUGUCUUGAGAAAAAUAUGCGAAUUAUCCUGUAGUAGCACUUGAAUUUUUUGAUUGUUGUCUUGUCUUAUCCCUUAGAUUAUGAGGAAUUUUUGGUAUAAGUCGAGAUAAGCAGGAGAGACUAGCACUAGUGGCAUAUAAAAAAAAGUAGUGUGAAGUGUGUUCCAUUGACUGCAUCAAAUGAACAAUGUUCAAGAAUCAACACAAAAGCCUUUGUGUGAGCUUUUGGACCAAAGCACUUUCAUUUAAACAGUGCUACAUUUCUUUUGAUCGAGGGCAUCAAACUUAGUGUGUCCAUUCUAGAACUUGCUUGUGUAAUACAUUUUGAGUCCGCAUUCUUGUAAGAUUGGUGCAUGAAAGUGAUAAGGGCACUUAGGAAUACCCCAUUACCUCAAAAGAGCCUACCUUGAAUUCACCCAUAGAAUAACUCAUUUGAGCCUUUUCUUUUCUUUUGUUGGUUAAACCACGUCAUAAGCUGAAUCAUCCCCUUCUUGAUUAUCUCCUGAACUGAUUUUUGAACCCAUUUAAGGGGAUGGUGUUGGCUUGGUUGCUUGUAAAUUGACAUGAUGCACUGCUAUCCCCAAGGAAAAGAAAAAGAGAUAUGGAACGAGGAAAUGAAAAACAAAUGAUGAAACAGAAAGAACAAAGAGACGAAGAAAAAGGAGAAGAGAAAGAAGAAGAAAAAAAGAAAGGAA